AUGGGAACCGGCCUGGACCUGAGCGAGCAGCCGGGGGAGCUGGGCAUCGUCCCGCGGGCCGUUCAGCAUCUGUUCAGCGGCAUCCAGAACCGCCGGGAAACCGCCAACCAGCAGGGAAAGCCCCCCCCCAGAGUUCAAGAUCACCGCCCAGUUCCUGGAGAGUCGGUAGACGGUUUCCUGGCUGGCGUCCACAUCGAAGACGUGGUCGAAGAUCACCUGCAGAGAAGGGACUCAAACGUUUUCCUGGGCAAGGACAAGGCCUUCACCUUCGACCACGUGUUCGAUGUGGACGCCAGCCAGGAAACCGUCUACCGACUCUGCACCGAGCGGCUGGUGGAGGGAUGCCUGCAGGGCUACAACGCCACCGUGUUCGCAUACGGACAGACGGUGAUGAUCGCCUGCAUCAGCCCGUCGGACCGGGACUUCAUGGAGACGCUGAACACGCUGAAGUACGCGAACCGGGCGCGGAACAUAAAGAACCGGGUGGUGGUGAACCAGGACCGGGCCAGCCAGCAGAUCAGCGCCUUAAGGGGGGAACUGGCCCGGCUGCAGGUGGAGCUGCUGGAGUACCGCACGGGAAAGCGGCUGGUGGGCGCGGACGGCGUGGAGGGCGUGAACGACCUGGUGCAGGAGAACGCCAUGCUGCAGACGGAGAACAACCACCUGCGGGUCCGCGUUAAAGCCAUGCAGGAGACCCUGGACACCCAGAAGAACCGACUGGCCCAGGUUCUGAGUCAGGAGGCCCGGCAGAACCUGGCCGGGGCAGUCGCCUCUUGCCUGCUCAGAUUAUAUUAUAUUUAUAGGAAAACCUCUUUAAAUGGACUUGAACUGGACUCUGUGUUUCUGGUUCUAAUGGCUAAACUGGUACUUGGUCUGCUGGGCCUGAACUGGACCCUGUAUUCUGGUUGUGCAGGGCCUGAAAUGGUUCUAAUGGCCUAA